AUGCCAAAUGCACAUUCACACAUAUCUUCUAGCGCGAGUAAGCUGAUUUUAAAAAAGUGGACAUACAUUCGAGACUCGUGGAUGAAAGCAUUGAAAAAACAUAAAGACCAAAAAACAAGUGGCACAUCGACCAAACCUUCAAGACUUUAUAUAUAUAAUGAGCAGAUGUCAUUCCUGAAAAAAAUUACAGAUUCAACUGUUUGUCAUGAAAACACUAAUAAUGAAAAUAACACCGAGAUAGAAGACUUGGAUGCAGAAGUUAUUGAAGAGAGUGUUCCACCUGAACAACCGAAUAUGGAAGCAAAUCAGUCUGGUAGUACUCCCAUCAGUACUUCUACUGCACGCAGAAAGAGGAGUAUUAAUGAAGUUGAUGCCAAAAUGAUGCGAUUCAUAGACCAUCAAAUCAACUUAUCCAAGGUUUCAACAGUCAAAGAGGAUGAAAAUCGUCAUCUUACAUUCUUCAAAAGUCUUCUUCCAUCAUUAUCAUCGUUUGAUGAAGAUGAAACUUUGGAAUUUCAGUCGAGUGUGUUAAGUUUAUUGCAAAAUAUGAGAGCAAAGAAGCGAAGGUUGGCCGAUAAUAUUCAAAUGCCAUCGCGUACAAUUGCCACUUAUUACAAUAAUUGGCAAAAUCAUGAUUAUUACAGUCAGCCACAGCCACAAACAAUUUCAAGAGUAACAACACCAAUGACUAGUCCAUAUACUGCCUAG